CACUGCACGCUACAGGUGGCACAGUCAGUCUGUGCCGGAGCCGGUCCCCAGUCAGCACCUGUCCGCAGCGCCGCCAUGAGGCUGCAGCGAGUGUUCACCGUGUCGCGCCCCGCCGAGGAGGCCGGCUCGCCGUACGGCUCGACUGACGUCCUUCAGGGCCGGUGCAGCAGCCGCCGCUCGCUCGAGUCCGCCGCAGCCGGCGACAGCGCACGCAUGGCGGCGCGUAGACCCGCCUGGAAGUACAUGCUCGACUUCUCCAUCUUCGCCGUCGUUGCUGUUCUUCUCGCCUUGCUAGAGUCUGGAGUUAUUCCCAGUGCGAAGACAGGGUAUUACUGUGGUGACCCAAAAAUUUCGUUCAAGUUCAGGGGCGACACCAUAGGCAUUACCACACUACUUCUGGGAACAUUCUUCUUGCCUCUCAUCUUUAUCUGGGUGGUGGAGACACUGUGCGUGGCAUUCCUAAACGAGUAUGACGUGCCCAAGACGAAGAAGCAGUGCUGCAUGCAGGGCCUGUGGGAGGCGUCGCGCUGGUACCGUGACUUCCUGCUGGGGCUCGGCAUCGUCUUCCUCACUACCGAGGUGGGCAAGGUGCUCGUGGGGGAACCCAGGCCGCACUUCCUAGACACCUGCCGGCCCACGCAGCCGCCAAACUGUGACGGAUAUGUGAAUAAUUUCACAUGUACCAAUAAGGAUGUUGGGAACUGGUAUGUACGAGACUCAACAAAAUCCUUCCCCUCAGGUCAUGCUUCAUUAUCAGUGUUUGCAUCAGUUUUUACAAUGUGGUUCGUGCAGUGCCGUGUGCCAGGAGAUAUCACAUACCUGCUGGUGCCCUGGCUGCAGUGUCUGUGUCUCACAUGGGCUCUCCUGUGCUCCCUCACCCGCAUAACAGACCACAGGCACCACUGGUGGGACGUGCUGGGUGGCUUUGUGUUGGGUUUUGGCCUAGCAGUAUUUACUGUAAAAACAUCAGACCAGUUUUCAUCAUCCAAGAAGAUUACCACAACCUACACAAAAGCAAGCAAACUGGACAAUGUAGUACGAGAAAAUGGACAUAUUUCAAACAAUAGGCACCAGUCAGUGCGAAGACUUCUGUCAUCCACAUCAAGUUACUCUGCUGCUCUGACACCUGAAGAGAGGGAAUUAAGAGAAGCAGCUCUUAGCUGAAGAUAAUUGUGGACAUCUUUGCUAACAGUGUUCUUUAGGUAUUUUCUUGAAAUGUACAAAGAAGGCCAAAUGUCGCAAUACAGUGGGAAUUAUUUUUUGAAUGACGAGUGUAAGUUUAAACAUUGAUAUUGUAAGAGUUGAAGUUUCUGAAAAGAUUGGUGUGAUAGUGUUGAGUGAUAGUGGAUACCAUUUCUUGAUGAACUGUAUUUUAUUUUACUUUCAGUGAAUCCAUAACUCUAACUACCAGCAGCACAAUUUCUAAGGAAAUGUGAGAGAAUGAUAGUGUUUCAGUAUAAGUAUGACAGGAUUCCUAUUUGACAGUUGUGCAUAUGAAGAAGCUUAAGUGGAAUCUAAAAAGUGCCUCAGAUUAAGGUAUUAAUAUCUACAAGAUAAAGUGUACUGUCACGUAUACUAUGUAGAUACUGUGCCUUGUUCUUGUGAUUUUGUAUCAGCUAAUACAUGCAAAAUACCGCAUAUGGGAUACUGCAAAAAAUAUUAAUGGCUAGUUUUACAGAAAAACUUGAAAGUUACUGUUAACUAAAGAGCUUUGUAAAUAUUUUUUUGUAAAUUCUUCUGGUGGAACAGUGCUAAAAAAAGCUGUAACUCUUCAAGCAUCAAGAAUGUGAUUUAUAGUACAUUCCAUAACACUAAUAUAUUUUGAGACUGACAUAUGUUCUUUAUUGUGAAUAAUGUAAAUCUUUCUGAAUAAUAAGCCUGUGAAGAAUUUACCACAGACCAUUUCUUGCUACAAUAAAAUACAAAAUACUGUCACCUGAGUACUUCUUCAUUUGACAAGAUGAAGUGUUAUAUUUACAAGUAAUAAUAAUAAUAAAGAAUACAGUAAAUAGUGAUUAUUAUAUAAGUAACUUAAAUUCUAUAGAAUUUAUUUACUGCAGACAUAUUUCAUUUAUCCUCUUAAGAAUUUAGGUCAGUUAACGUCUUCCGCUCAGUUUCUGCUUAUUUUAUUGUAAGUGUCGCAUACAUGUGCAUUUUAUAAUGAAAUUGUAGGUACAUGGAAAAUUAAUUUUACUUACUACACCUAGGCAUGGUUGACUUAGGCACCUGACUUAUCAAGAUGAAGCGACUUUUUUCUCAGUUCCUACAGAAAUCCAUUGUCUUUUAAAGGCACUCUGAUCUCUCUAAUACAUGAUUUGGUGAUGCUAAUUGGAUAAUAUAGUGCAGGAACUGCAUCUUUGACUAGUAAUCAAAACUUACCGGGGCCUGGGUUUAAACCUGUCCAUUGCUUAAAUCUUGAAAAAAAAGUCAACGGCCUGUCAAAGAGAGUGGAAGAAUAGACAGAAUUUCAAGUCAACCUCGUGUCCUUGGAGUGGGAAACUGCCAGUAACAGGUGGAUGAAUUGACUCAGAUUAAUGGCAUGCAGAUACAGAAACCAAUGGAAAUGGCUUCAUUAAAGCCACAUAGUGUAUAACCACACAAUAUGUGGCCAGUAAUUGAAAGUACCACAGUGAUUUCUCCAGUGGCAAAAGAUUCUGGAUUGGUCCUCCAUUCAGGUCUUUGAGAGGGGACUAGUAAGGGGGAGAAACUAUGAGACACAGAUUGAAUAACCAAGUGUGGAACAUCAGAAGUUUGAAUGUCAUAGGGAAAAAGAACAUCUGAAAAAGGAAAUGGAAAGGCUCAGUCUAGCUAUAGUUGGGAUCAGUGAAGUCAAAUAGAAAGACAGGGAUUUCUGAUCAGAUGAAUGUAGGGUACUAGCAACAGCAACAGUAACUAAAAUGGUACAAUGGGUGUAGAAUUCGUUGUGGGUAGGAAGGUAGAGCAAAAAGUGAGCUACUGUGAACACUGACAGCAAGCAAAAGCUAACAACAGUAGUUCAAUUAUACAUGCCGAUUUCACAAACAGAAAAUGAAGAGAGAAAGGAAAUGUAUGAGGGUAUUGAGUGGGUAAUUCAGUAUAUUUGUUAGUUUCAUGUUCAAUGGGUCAUUCGUAUGAUAAAUUACAAUGAUGCAGAACAAAUUAUUUUAUUACCUUUUACACAUUAAAAAAAAAUACAAAUUUUCCUAUGGAAUAAUGGAAGUUGUCAAGGAGACACUUCUUCAGUUUUUUUUGAAAUUUUACUUUGUCUGUCAGACAUUUUGUAUCACUGGGUAACUGAUCAAAAAUUUUGGUUGCUGCAUUGUGCAAUCGUUUAGUGCUAAAAACAAUCAUAAUAUGAAGUAAUGAAUGUGCUUCUCUCUUCUGGUAUUAUUUUUGUGUACAUCAUGGUUGUAAAUGAUCAACUGCAGUUCCAAAGGGACAAACUUAAUGAGGGUAUAAAUAUACUGUGAAGCAGUAGUCAAUAUGCCUAAAUCUUUAAACAAAUGUCUACAAUAAGGUUGUUGGUGACAGCUGCACAUUAUUCUUACAGUACAAUUUUGAGCAAUGAAGACUUUCUGAUGAGUUACGCAAGAGCAUUAUUCUUUGUGACAUUGCUGAAUGAAAAUAUGUCAACUUCACAAUUUGUAUCUUCCAUAGAUUUACAAUGGUUCUAAGUGCAGAUGUGACCGAACCAAGUUAUUUUAGAACUUCUAAAAUGUGCUUUUUCUGGUUCAAAUUCUCAUGAA